UUAUCGACGAAAUACUCGAGAACUAAACAUUCCUUAAUACAUUCUGAUGAUGAAUGUGUAAUCACAAGCCAAUCGUUCAGUGCACUGCUGUAUUCUGAGAUACUCCAGCUGACAUCAAACCCAUAGAAUCUGCAGGAUUACAAGAUUCUGUCAAACAUAUUUUUUUUACAGCUCUUUUCUGGCUGUGAUGCAAAUUGACAGAAUUAUUUGUGACAAUGCUUUUCGAAAAUUUUGAAAUUCCACUUACAGCUCGGGUAAAAUUAUGCUUUAAUACCAAGCUCGGGUAAAUAGCGGGAAUAACUGUGUGUAUGUCUGUACCAAAAGAGUGGUUGUAAGGAAUACCGAACCGAAGGCGUCUACUUUAGAUCUGUGAGAAGAAGAAAGCUAUGGAAGAAGGUUCUGUUGAUAAUUUCAUCAUCUAAACCUAGCUCUGCCACACCUUCAAAUAUCAAUAUAACCUCUAUGCGGGAGAAAUAUAUGAGAUUGCGAGAACAGAAUCCACCAAUAUUUACUCCUAAACCUCCCCCUACCAUACUACCCUUUGAUUCAUUAGAAAGAUACACCCAGCAUGCAGUGACUGGUCGGUAUAAUCCACUCCGUCCAGUUAGAAUCAGUCCACUCAAUAUAAGCUGGGAAUAUUACGAUGGUAUGAAGAAUACUCGGGAUAAGAAGGGAUUAAACUCUUAUAUCUGGUUACCAUGGGACAAGGUUACCACAGAACCAUCAGAUAUCAGGUUUAUGUACUCCAGCUGUAGCUGCUGGUAUAAUCUAUGUAAGUGUACUGUUAGACCUCCAUGGAACGAAAGUUCUAGGCUGUACCGAGACACUAAGCAUCAAUUAUAUCAGAACAACAUUACAUCCUGCCUUAUCAUCUUUCUUGGGGUUCUCUUCGGACUUAUAUUUGGGUUCGUCUCCUUCCUCCAGAUCUGGAUUUUGACUCCCUCCAAGAAGCUCAUGCAGAUCCAAAGGAUCAUGAUCAGAAAGUUGAUGAAAGUUUGCUUCGGAGAGAUUGCAGCGAGUCUUGUUACUGUUUUCAGGGAAAUGUUUUCUACCAGUAAGCUGAAUAUUUCAACUCUGCAGACUCCACUCAAUGGAAUAUUUUUGGAGAAAAGGCCCAAAUUUGGUUCUGUUGAAGAACCAUUGUAUCCAGGAAAGAUGGUGAAUACAAGCAAGGAAAAGUAUCCAGAUGUGAAGCACAUUAAACUACCAAUGAUGAAUUACUAAGAUAACCAAUUAGCAAACUAUUCAUCAAUUUUAAAUUUUAACCGUCGGCGGCAGGCAGUUCAAAUUCAUUAAGUUUAGUCCCGGGUCAACCUUAAACUUUCACAAUGCCAUGGACUUCAGUUUUACUUUACUUUUUCGUAGCCUUAGUCAUGUAAGAUUUAGAAAGUACAACGCGAUUUCUCUAACUUCACUAACCCGGAGUUAUUUACGAAUAACUGAUAUAUCCUUGCGUGAGAGAGCGGGCACAUUUUGGUUUACUAUGAGAAGUAGAUGUUCCUAAUAUAAAAAUAUAAUAUUUUGCAGUGUACUAUGAGAAGUAGAUGUUCCAAAUAAAAAAAAUAUAAUA